ACAAAAUCAAAUCAAAGAGUUGCUAUUAAGCGAUGCAACGGAAAUCGAAAAAACCAAAACCAAAGGAAUUUAGAAACCAAAAUAACUUGGUAGGAGAAGCUGAACAUCGUGUUUCCCUCGCCUUCUUCUUCUUUUCACACUUGAAUCGCUCAUCGUGGAUCUGAAUGGAUUUGUCAAACUUUGAACCCUUAUUCGGUGAGCCCAAGGUGGAGUCCACGCCUGCCCGUCCAUUCUUGUUUCAAGUUCACGCCCCGGACUCCUCUCAACUCAGAGUUGUUGUCACUGAUUUUCUCUCCACCACUUUUCAGGCACUUUGCUCAAUUCAACAGCUCGAUGAUAUGAGAGAUGAGACUGGAGUUGGUGGUUCUUGGUCUGACUUUCUGGAAUACCUUGUUCAUUCCAUAAAGUUUGGGGAUGUCAAGCUUCUUUUGGAGGGCCAAUCAAAAUCAAGUGGACCAAGACUUAUCGCUCAGAAGUCAAAAGGAAUGCCGAAAAUCUCCGUUUCUCUGCGUAGCCUUGUUGCUACUGCUGCAAAUGAGGCGAUCGCAAGGCUUUCUAUUGAUAUGUACAAAGCAUAUCAAACCAAUCGCACCUUGCUACUUGAAGAGCAAGAGAGUCGACACCAGUUGACAAAAGUGCUUUCAGCUGAAAAGGAAAAAAGUGAACAACUUCAGAAGCAACUUGAUGGGCUACUUUAUUCAAACAGGCACAACUCGCAUAAGAUCCAUGAUAAAUUAACAUCAGAUACUUCAUCUGCUGCCACCCUCUAUGACAAACAAUCCGAUCAGAAUCCAAGCCCGAUGAAGGCGCCGAAGCGUGUGGUUCCAGCACAUCGCAGAUCGAAAGUACGAGGGGUUCUCCUGCAAGAUACUGAAGAUGAUUAGAUGAGUUGAAACACAGAACAUAAUUAAUUAUUAAUUCCAGGUUUUUGAGCUGUAAAUCAUUAUGCUGAACAGGUUGUAUUUAUCUUAUCCAUAUGACAAGGUAGGUAAAUCCUAUUGUGGCACAAAAA